UGAAUAAUAUCAAUUGCCCUAAUUUAAAAUUUCAGUUUGGAGUUGUGUUUGUGUGUCUCUCUUCUCUAUUCCUUCAAGGCAACUAAAAUAACAUUGCGUGACUUCUUCUGAAACCACCAUCUCUACUUUGUGUGUUUCUCCGAUCAAAAACUAUGGCUUAUUUAGCUUCGAUUUCUUCAUCCUUAUCCAUAUUCAAGAAUCCCCAACUCUCAAGAUUCCAAUUUGCUUUUUCCCCACCAAACCCACUUGUAGUUCUACGCCCUAGAGUUCAGAUUCUGAGUAUGCCCAUGAACAAGACACCGUCUUUAGUGGUGGUCGCGGCUACGACGGCGGCUGAGAAGCAGAAGAAGAGGUAUCCUGGAGAAUCCAAGGGUUUUGUGGAGGAGAUGAGGUUUGUGGCUAUGAAACUUCAUACGAAAGAGCAAGCUAAGGAAGGUGAGAAAGAGACUAAAGCUAUUGAGGAACGUCCUGUGGCUAAGUGGGAGCCUACUGUUGAGGGCUACUUGAAAUUUCUUGUGGACAGUAAAUUGGUUUAUGAUACGCUUGAACAGAUUAUUCAAGAUUCCAAUUUCCCAAGUUAUACUGAAUUCAAGAACACGGGACUGGAAAGGGCGGAUAAAUUGGCCACAGAUUUGGAGUGGUUCAAGGAACAAGGUUAUGAGAUUCCAGAACCAACUGCUCCUGGUAAAACAUAUUCUCAGUAUUUAAAGGAUUUAGCAGAGAAGGAUCCUCAAUCAUUCAUUUGUCACUUCUAUAACAUCUACUUCGCCCAUAGCGCUGGUGGACGAAUGAUUGGCAGAAAGGUAGCAGAGAGAAUACUUGACAAUAAAGAACUCGAGUUCUACAAAUGGGAUGGCGAACUUCCCAAAUUAUUACAGAACGUAAGGGAGAAACUGAACAAGGUUGCCGAGGAGUGGACGAGAGAAGAAAAGGACCAUUGUUUGGAAGAGACGGAGAAGUCUUUCAAGUAUUCUGGUGAGAUACUUCGUCUUAUUUUGACAUGAUUUGGGUUGCAGUCUCUCUAGAUCUCUCAAUAUGUCUUGUGGCAACUCAAAUCCUGCACAUUGUUUAUAUUCCUGUAUUAUAUUAAAAUUAUCUUGUGCUUGUAUUAAACUCUUCUUUGCUUCAAAGCUAUUACUAAGUCCAAGGUUCAAAUUUAUAACCUUUCUGCUA